UGGGCACAGCCUCUUUUGAGACAGCUGCUCAGGGAGAACUCAGUAAGCAAGGAGCUGCAGAAAUCCCUCCUAGCAGAGGGUGACGGGUGGGAGGAGUUUUGUUUGCCAAGUAUUGUCAUUUGCCGAGAGAAGGUGUGUACUCGAGAAGGAAUUUUAACCUGGAGGAUCAUUAACUCUUUCAGUCAACUGGGGAGCAGCUCAGAGAGUUGGAGUUCGUCUUGGAAGUGGCUGCUCCAGAAGGUCAGAGAAGUGGGAUCACUUUUUCAUGGGGGACCACUUUGAGAAGGACCAGCAUGCUUUGCUCAAUGAAGGAGAAGAGAAUGAGAUGGAGAUAUUUGGCUAUCGGACUCAUGGCUGCCGGCAGACUCUCUGCCUUGCUGGAUCCAUCUUCUCAUUUGGAAUCCUCCCCUGGGUGUUUUACUGGAGACCAGCUUGGCAUGUAUGGGCAAAUUGUGUCCCGUGUUCCUUGCAGGAAGCAGACGUCGUGUUGCUGAGGACCACAGAUGAAUUCAAAACUUACUCUUGGAAAAAGGUAAAGUGGAUCUGCCUGUCAUCAUUUAACAGCGCGUUUGGUCUUACUCCUGACCACCCUCUCAUUGCAGAUGAGGAGUAUAUCAUAAAUAGAGCCAUACAAAAGCCAGACCUAAAGGUGAGAUGUAUAAAAGUGCAGAAAAUAAGAUAUGUUUGGAACAACUUAGAAGGACAGUUCCAGAAAAUUGGCUCUUUGGAAGAUUGGCUCAGUUCUGCCAAGAUACAUGAAAAAUUUGGAUUAGGCCUAACAGAAGAAGAACAAGAAAUUAGGAGGUUAAUAUGUGGGCCUAAUACUAUUGAUGUAGAAAUCACACCAGUUUGGAAAUUGCUCAUCAAGGAGGUUCUAAAUCCAUUUUACAUAUUUCAACUCUUCAGUGUCUGCUUAUGGUUCAAUGAAGACUAUAAGGAAUAUGCUUUAGCCAUCAUAAUCAUGUCUGCCAUUUCCAUAGCUUUCACAGUAUAUGAUCUCAGGGAGCAAUCUGUAAAACUUCACCAUCUAGUUGAGUCACAUAACUGCAUUACAGUCUCUGUAUGUGGGAGAAAAGCUGGAGUCCAAGAACUGGAGUCACGCCUCCUGGUACCUGGAGAUUUAUUAAUUUUGACAGGGAACAAAGUGCAAAUGCCAUGUGAUGCCGUUCUGAUCGAUGGCAGCUGUGUGGUAGAUGAAGGCAUGCUGACAGGAGAGAGUAUUCCAGUCACUAAAACACCAUUACCCAAGGUGGAUAGCUCUGUGCCCUGGAAAACACAGAGUGAAGCUGAUUACAAACGCCACGUCCUCUUCUGUGGAACAGAGGUGAUCCAGGCCAAGGCAGCGAGCUCUGGGAUGGUGAGAGCAGUGGUGCUGCAGACAGGUUUCAACACUGCCAAGGGGGACCUCGUGAGAUCCAUUCUCUACCCCAAACCAAUGAAUUUUAAACUCUACAGGGAUGCCAUCAGGUUCCUCCUGUGCCUUGUGGGGACGGCCACCAUCGGCAUGAUCUAUACUCUGUGCGUCUUUGUACUCAGCAAGGAACCUCUCGAGGAGGUGGUGAAGAAAGCCCUCGAUGUCAUCACAAUCGCAGUUCCCCCUGCUCUGCCUGCUGCCCUGACCACGGGCAUUAUCUACGCCCAGAGGAGGCUGAAGAAGAAAGGCAUCUUCUGUAUUAGCCCCCAGAGGAUCAAUGUAUGUGGACAAUUAAACCUUGUCUGCUUUGACAAGACAGGGACCUUAACGAGGGAUGGCCUGGACCUCUGGGGAGUCUUGCCCUGUGACAGGAAUGGCUUCCAGGAAGUCUACAGUUUUGCCUCAGGCAAGGCUUUGCCCUGGGGCCCACUGUGUGCAGCCAUGGCCAGCUGCCACUCUCUGAUUCUUCUCGACGGGACCAUCCAGGGAGACCCUCUGGACCUCAAAAUGUUUGAAGCUACCACUUGGGAAAUGGCUAUUUCUGAGGACGAUUUGCACCUCAAGGGAGUGCCGGCACACGCCAUGGUUGUGAAGCCCGGCCACACAGCCAGCCAGGUGCCAGUGGAAGGGAUCGCAAUCCUGCAUCAGUUCCCGUUCUCAUCAGCACUGCAAAGGAUGACAGUCAUUGUCCAGGAGAUGGGGGGUGAUCGACUGGCAUUCAUGAAAGGUGCACCAGAGAGGGUGGCCAGCUUUUGCCAACCUGAGACAGUACCAACUAGUUUUGUUAGUGAACUUCAGAUUUACACGACACAGGGCUUUCGGGUCAUAGCACUGGCCUACAAGAAGCUGGACAAUGACUCCCACACCACUGCCUGGACAAGGGAGGAGGUGGAAUUAAAUCUCAUAUUUCUGGGAUUGCUGAUCUUGGAGAAUCGGUUGAAGGAAGAGACUAAACCUGUCUUGGAAGAGCUCAUCUCAGCCCGGAUAAGGACCGUAAUGAUCACAGGUGACAAUCUUCAGACUGCAAUAACAGUGGCCAGAAAAUCUGGGAUGGUUUCUGAAAGCCAGAAAAUCAUUCUCAUUGAGGCAAAUGAAACCACUGGGUCCUCAUCAGCAUCUAUAUCUUGGAAAUCAGUAGAAGAGAAGAAACACAUCACAUAUGGGAAUCAGGACAAUUAUAUUAACAUCAGGGAAGAAGUCUCUGAUAAUGGCAGAGAAAGAAGUUACCAUUUUGCCUUAAGUGGAAAAUCCUUUCAUGUUAUUAGUCAGCAUUUCAGCAGCCUGCUGCCAAAGAUACUAAUCAAUGGAACGGUCUUUGCAAGAAUGUCUCCUGGGCAGAAAUCCAAUCUGAUUGAAGAAUUUCAAAAAUUGGAUUACUUUGUAGGUAUGUGCGGCGAUGGAGCCAACGACUGUGGGGCUUUGAAAAUGGCUCAUGUGGGCAUCUCUUUAUCAGAGCAGGAGGCAUCUGUGGCCUCUCCUUUCACUUCAAAAACUCCAAACAUUGAGUGCAUACUACACCUUAUCAAGGAAGGACGUGCAGCUCUUGUCACCUCGUUUUGCAUGUUUAAGUACAUGGCUCUGUACAGCAUGAUUCAGUAUGUUGGCGUUCUGCUCCUCUACUGGGAGACAAACAGCCUUUCAAAUUAUCAGUUUCUGUUCCAGGAUCUGGCCAUUACAACUCUUAUUGGGGUAACAAUGAAUCUGAGUGGCGCCUACCCCAAGUUGGUGCCUUUCAGGCCUGCAGGACGACUGAUCUCUCCACCUGUGCUGCUCUCUGUCAUCCUCAACAUCCUUCUCAGCCUGGCCAUGCACAUCGUGGGCUUCAUCCUGGUUCAGAGGCAGCCAUGGUAUUCCAUGGAGAUGCACAGUGCCUGCAUAGUGAAAAAUGAAACCAUCUUAAUAUAUCCAACUACUCCAGAAAACAAUGGAAAUAACAGUGCCUUCAUGAGCUUUGAGAACACUACUAUAUGGUUCUUGGGGACGAUCAACUGUAUCAUUGUGGCUCUUACAUUCUCUAAAGGAAAGCCAUUUAGACAGCCAACCUAUACAAACUAUGUAUUUGUCCUUGUGCUGAUCAUACAGCUGGGUGUGUGUCUAUUCAUUCUAUUUGCUGAUAUACCAGACUUAUAUAGGCGUUUGGAUCUGGUCUGCACUCCUGUCCUGUGGAGGGUCUACAUCCUUGUCAUGCUCAGUUUCAAUUUUCUUGUGUCCCUUAUUGUGGAGGAGGCCAUUAUUGAAAACCGGGCCCUGUGGAUGACAAUCAAAAGGUGUUGUGGCUAUCAAUCAAAAAGCCAAUAUCGGAUAUGGCAAAGGGACCUGGAAAAUGACCCCAGCUGGCCACCUAUAAACCAGACCUCCUACUCCAACAUGCCAGGGUGUGGUAGUGGAGUGUCAUACAGCAAUCCGGUAUUUGAGAGCAACGAAGAGCAACUUUAAGGGAAAUGUGACGCCCACAUUGAUGUCACAGACAAACAAUAACAAAAGGGACCAGUUUCAGUGCUUUUGAAAAAAGAUGCCUGUAAUAUCAGUUUGAGUUUUGGGAAUACCUAUCAAAUCAUGGUAACAAAUUAAGUUUAUUUGAUAAAAUGCUUUUUCCAGAGAAGAACAUUGUCCCAGGAGAGUGAUUUCCUCUUGGCUUCUGAAAAUAUUGGAGCUGUUCGGUACAGCAUGAAUGGGCCAAGGACUGCCAUGGACCAAGAGAACAGCAGGCUAAAGAAGAGAAUAUGUAAUCUUUCUUCUUAGGACAAUAACUUGGCUUUCUUUUCUUUUUUUUUUUUUUUUAAUGAGGUGAAGGGAAAUAGUACAAUAAUACAAAGUUAUAACAGGUUAAAGAUAAUUUUCGAAUUCUUACUUUGUUGAUCGAAAAACUAACGCAUGGGAACCACGCAUUCAUCGUCACUGUCUGAUUUUCUUUCCUUUGCAGUACUUUUCAGAAGUGUGGCUUUUUCUUCUACUUCUGGCCUUCCUUGGCAUGUUAUUAAGGAUGAGCUCAGCCUAUGCUGCAAUAACAAACAAUCCCCAAAUCUUGGUGCCUUAACACACAAUAGCUUCUUUCAUGGCCCAGAUGACUCUCUGGAACAGCUGUCCUGAGAGUGGUGAUUGCUUCAAUCUGAUGGCUCCACCAACUCAACAGAAAGACUCAUGUUUACUGUGAUGGGGGAAGGAAGAGGCUGACAAGUGCUUUUCACUGCCUCGCUCCCAAAAUGGCAUGCAUUCCUUUUCCUGCUCAGCUCACAUCAGCCAGGGGGUUGGCCAGGGAGUUGGAAGUAAACUCUUAUGUGUUUAGAGCUGCCUCAUGGGCUUAUGACCUGUAACUACAUGGGGUUCCAUACUUGCUUUAAUGCUCUGCUAGUUCCAUCUUCAAAUUCUUAAUUUUUGAAGAAGAUUCCUCACCUUUUUAUUUUACACUGGGCUGCACAGAUGAUGUGGGUUGGCCUGGGUUGUAUUCAUGGGAAGGAAAGAAAAGUGACAGAUGAAAGAGCACUACCACUACCCACUGAACCUGCUUCUCAUCCUACAAAUGUCUUCUAUGUUUUAGGGACCCCAGUCAGGCCCAAAUCCAGGACCCUUUACUCCUCUGCUCUGUUAUCUUUGAGAAACUAAUUAAUCUUGUGCUAUGGUGCUAUAUGUCAUUGUGUGAGUCCUUACAUAACACCUAUUCAUUUUAUUUUUUUAAGUUUGAGGUUUCAGUUUCCAGAAAACUCCAAAUUUCUCUUAUUUGAUCACUAUUACAAUUUAGCUAUAUUGAAUUCAUCCAGCAUAGAAAACAACCAGGCUUCUGUUAGCUCAGGAGACAACACUGAAUUCUAGGAAAACAUCUACAUGUACUAUUCUAAAGCAAAAUCAAAAUUUUCAUUUUGAGCAUAAAAUUCUAAGUGAAUAUUGUAGGUGGUGGGUGAGUGUCCUGGCCUGGGCUGGCUCUGCUGCUUGGCUAUAGCACCUGUAACCUUCCUUUCCACAACUGGGCUCGUGAGUGUGGUUGGCAGCUGUGUGACUGAAGCUGAUUCGGAGAACCUGGUGCCUCUUGGUCACCAGGAUGUUGCUUCAAGUUUUAAAACAACAUGAAGAUAUAUCAGUGUUUCAAGGCUGCAAAAUUAUUCUUUUCUUUGGUACAGAAACAAAUGUUUCUUUUUACAAAGUCUGCCUCAGCAGUGAAAUAGUAGUUCUGAAUGGCCCUUGCUAAAACUCAUAGUUUUUCUCAUUUCCCAAAAGUGUGGGGUUAUGGGCAGGGACAAGCUGGAGAUGGUCUGCAACCUAGUCGGGAGCAAGGUUAGCGCGCACAGUUCAUACUCACACCAGCCCCUCUCCGAGUGCUUUCACCUCCACUAACUCACUUGAAUCAUAGGAUUCUCUUGCUAUGGACAAGGGAAGGCUUAUCCCUACCACAUAGAUGAGAAAACUAAGAUUCAGGAUGGCAAGAGCAGAUCCAAGCCUCAAACAUGGAUCUUCUGAGCAAACCUUAUGUUGCUUCCAAACACUUUCUAAUUACAGAGCUCUAAUGAGGCAGUGUGUUUGGUGUGUUCUCAUGAUCACAGUCAAGAAAAGUGCUAGGUGGAAGGAGGCAACCUUCCUUUGCUAAUUCCAGAGCUUCUGUCCAAAUAGAUGCUUGGAUGCCAGGGCUAGAGGUGUGUCAAAAACCAAACUAAACCAAACCAAAAAAUGAUUGUCUGUUUGUCUUUCUGAGAUUGUGAGUUAGUCUUGCCUUAGUCCUUAGCGAUUCUGUCCUCAGCAAUUUCCAAAUGACUGGCAGAAAAUAGAGAUCAAUGGCUGUGGCUCCCCACUAGCCAAACGGCCCCACAGUCUUUGCCAAAAGGGACUCAUUUUGGAGACUGUUUUCCUGGGACUAACUACAUUCUAGAAGCAAUAAUUGAAGGAAAGGGAGAGCUUAGGUUAGAAAAAAGGAGUCAGGGGACUGUGAAGGGUUAUCACAGGGAAAUCAGGAUCUACAAGUGCCAGGUGGCAUGAGAAGGGAGAAUCAGGAUGAGUGACUGAAGAUCGCAUGGUAAUGGCUUCAGCUUGAUGUGAAGAUCCCUGUCCUGACAGCCAGCCCUGGAGGAUGUGGAAGCUGGUGACCACGUGGUAUGCAUACCAUGACAUUGGAGAUGCCAGUGGCUAUUCAAAGCCCAUUUAGAAAAGGGAGUCAAGUAUCGGAAGAAACUCAGUUACCUGCAAGAUUCUUUUCUGGCUUGAUAUACCCAGUGUCUCAGUCUUAUGCUGUGAUGUGAGCCAUUCUCUACUGUUCCCCACACAGAACUGAUGACAGACUGAGGCAUGACGGAGGGAGAGCGUCCAGCUCCGUGAGGAGCCUCCUGUGCAGACAUAAGGACUUGAUUGCUCGGCACCUUGGAUGGGGGUUCUUGGUGGGAUUAAAAACCUAUAAAAGAGGAACGGAAUGAAGGGUCAUGGCUUCCAAACUGACAGCUGAGGGAGUUCUUUUGAUGUGUAUUUUCUUAGAGAGAGGUUUUUAAAUUUUUUAAGUAAAAGAGCAUGGGCGUGGGAGAGUCCUCCAAACCCCAGAGCAGAGGAACUUGCUAUCAAUACACUUUCCUGCCCAGGACCUGGAGGAGAAAAGGACACGGUCACUCACGAUGCAAAUCAUCCGAGAGGGUGCCCUGUAUGUUCGGCCCCAGGUUUCCAGCUCUCACACACAGGGAACCCUCACUCUGUGCUCCCUCAUUAAAUAUGUAAGGAUCUGAGAGUGGAAACAGGCCCAGGCCCUCUGUGUCCUUAUGUGCUCCCAGCAGUGUGCAUGUACAUACUUGCCAAUGUGAUUACGGAAAAAAGUGACUAUUUAUUCAGAGCUUUGUAUUUAGUUUAUGCUAUAAUAAAUUAUUCUGUACAAAAGAGGCAAGUAAAAUCUAUAAUUCUGUUGUUCAAAAAUCAAUCUCUCUGUCUUUCUGUAGUGGACUGUUUCACUCUGGCUAAUAAAAUAG